AGGACCUGGUUGGCAGCCAGCAGAUGGCCACCCCACAUUUGGCACCACUGGGGACCCCCCAUCGGCACCUCUGGGUCCUCUCUGCCACCACUGGGAGCUGUCUGGUGGCACCCAGCCCGGGCUGGGGGCCAGAGCCUCCCUCUGCUGGCAGCUGCCCAAGAACAUGGUGUUUUAAUCCGGUUUUCUACAAAAAACGGGGCGGAGGGAUAAAGAAGGAGCAGCUCCGGUAGCGGGGGCUCUGCCGGGACAUGGCCCAGGGAGCUUGAGGUGCAUUGUCCCCCAUGGGUGCAGCAGCCUCAGCUCUGCCUGCAGUGGCACAUUUUGGAGCUGCUCACUGUCCUUGGAUGCUACAGGAAAGGGAGCUGGGAUCCAGCUAAAGUGGGGACGCCCAGGUGAUGGUCCCUGUCCCCAAGCCCCGAGUGGUGUGUCAUGGCUGACCUCCCGCCCAGGUGCCCUCAGGACCCUCUGCCGCUCCCUGUCUCUCCUCACAGCCGAUCCGUGGUGGAAGAUGACGGUCCUGGUUCCCAACAGCACCGCGGUGUCGUGGGCAUGGUCAGAGCCGGAGCCAGAGCUGGAGCGCUCACCCUGCCUGGUUGGCAUCGUCCCCAUCGUGUAUUACAGCGUCCUGCUGGGGCUGGGGCUGCCAGUGAACAUCCUGACCGCCGUGGCUCUGUCCCGACUGGCCACCAGGACCAAGAAAUCAUCGUACUGGUACCUGCUGGCCCUGACCACCUCCGACAUCCUCACCCAGGUUUUCAUCAUCUUCGUGGGCUUCAUCCUGCAGACAGCCAUCCUGGCACGGGCAGUGCCCAGCGCCUUCAUCCACACAGUCAACGUGCUGGAGUUCACAGCCAACCACGCGUCCACCUGGGUCACCGUCCUGCUGACCGUGGACCGCUACGUGGCCCUGUGCCACCCUCUGCGCUACCGCACCGUGUCCUACCCGCGGCGCACCCGCAAGAUCAUCGCGGCCACCUUCGCCGUGGCACUGGCCACCGGCAUCCCCUUCUACUGGUGGCUGGACAUGUGGCGUGACGCCGACCCCCCCACGGCGCUGGACACGGUGCUCAAGUGGCUGCACUGUGUCACCGUCUACUUCCUGCCCUGCAGCAUCUUCCUGGCCACCAACUCCAUCAUCAUCCGCAAGCUGAAGAGGCGGAGGCGCGCAGGGGGUGGCAAGACCACGGCCCUUCUGCUGGCCGUCACCACCGUCUUCGUCGUGCUCUGGGCUCCCCGGACCAUCGUCAUGAUAUGCCACCUCUAUGUGGCCUCGGUCAGGAGGGACUGGCGCGUGCACCUGGCCUUGGACAUCGCCAACAUGGUGGCCAUGCUCAACACCUCCCUCAACUUCUUCCUCUACUGCUUCGUCAGCCACACCUUCCGCCGCACGGUGGGCGAGGUGCUGCGGGGACAGCCCCGGCAAGGCUCCUUCCGUGGCAGCGCUCACUUCCCACCUCCAGCCCUGAAACAGCUGAAGCUGCUGGGCAGCACCACGCUCUGA